GAACAAACAGUCUGACCUCCCUCAUUAAUUAUCUGUAUCUUAGUUGUCUCCCAUGGCCUCUCCUUCUCGGAAGACCCAACUCCCUAAUUCUUUAUAUACUUCCCCAAACUCUCUCUCUUCCCAACAACAGAAUCCCUCUUCAUUUCUUUCUCUCUCUAGAAUUUCCCUUCUCUCCAUUUUUACUCUAUUACUCUCUCUACAUCUCAUGGCUUCACAAAACCCACAAUCCAAUUUCCACGAUUUCUUACCCCUAAUGGCGGAAAAGCUCGGUGGGGACGGUCUUAUAGGCGAGCUGUGCAGUGGAUUUGAUCUUCUGAUGGACGGUGAUAAAGGGGUCAUCACGUUUGAGAGCCUAAAGAGGAAUUCGGCCUUGCUGGGCCUUCAGGACAUGAGCGAUGAUGAUCUACGGUCCAUGAUGCGGGAAGGGGAUUUCGACGGUGAUGGUGCCCUCAAUCAGAUGGAGUUUUGUGUUCUUAUGUUCAGAUUGAGCCCCGAGCUCAUGGAGGACUCGCGUAUUUGGUUGGAAGAAGCUCUUCAAGAAGAGUUCAACACGACUUUUCAUUGAAAAUUACUAAUUCUUUUCAACCGAAAAAAGAGGAAAAAAAGUUGUGGGUUGUGUUUUUCUUCUUUUUGGUUACAGAUUGUUGUGUUUUUCGAAUUGGAAGUUAUUGAAUUAUACACUGAAGCAAAUUGACAAUUUGACACAA